AUGAGCCACAUCUCCCGAACUACUGCCCCUGGCAGGCUCAGUCGCGUGGACAGCAAGUUCUCCCUCCUCAAGCAACGCAUGAACACGUCGAUUCGUUUCGCGCGAAGCGGAGAUCAGAACGCGCACCAGACGUAUACCGACACAAUGCUUCGCCAUAGCACCCACCGCCAGACUCUCACUGACAGGAUGAGCGCACAGCGGCAGAAGUAUCGCGAGCGCAUUGCUCUCCAGCGACGCGGCCUCCAGCACCCACCCGCGGAACAGGUGGAGUAUAGCCAUAUUCCGAACGAGUGGUCCAAGUACCGCAAGGGAAUCGAAGAGCUCGCACGGAUGGCGACACUUGUCACCAACAAGCCCGACGCGGUACUCGUCUCUAACGUGACCGCCAUGAAACAUGAACACGAGGGUACUUCCCCUAUCCAACAACAAGACGUUGAUAUGCUGUCCACCAUCUCCUCCAUCAUCAUCAUGGAAGACGAACACGAGGAUGCUUCCCCUCCACAACAACAAGGUAUUAACAUAUCGUCGAACACCGACAUCUCCUCCAUCACCGCCAUCAUAUUUCCCGAGGAUAGCUGUAGUAUAGCGGGCACUACGGUGUCGGGUCCAGCUAUGCCCCAAGCACACCCCGAGGAUAGUUUGGAAGCCGUAUCAUCACAUGAUAUGACUACUAUUGGCGAUGUGGCGUCGCCAAAGGAGCCUGAGUCCUUCACUACACAUGAUGUUUCAUCACAGUCGUCGGCAUCUAGCGGACCAGAAGCAUCUACUACACCUGUCCAGUCGUUGCCAAAGACACCCGAGACUAUCACUGCAAGUGGAAUUCCACAUCAGUCAUCGACGAUCACCGAGUCAUUGGCACAGACUGUGCCCACGUCGCUGCCCAACCAAACCGCAAAGGCCCGUCGUGAAAAGAUGAUGGCUGGUUUCAAGAUCAACGAGGUGGACAUUGAAUUCCUACUUCAAUCUUGCCAGUACAUGUUGGCCCACGCCAAUGAACCAUGGCUUGAUACGAAUGAUCUGUAUGAAAAGGCGAACAAAUGGUGCGAAGACGAGAUCACGGGUAUGUGGCGACUGGAGACACAGCUUGAAGCUGAGGGCGGCAACCACCGACCCGAGGCGGUAAAGAAGCUUGAAGAAGAGGUGCACAAAUUUUAUUGGCUGUUCUACGUGCCGACAGUGAGAAAGUUCCUGUUCAAGUGCGACAUCGCCCAAACAUCCCAGAGGAUGUCGGGCAUACCCCCCCUCCGCAUCCCCUUCAAGGAAGGUUCCCCCAAGGGAGGUUAUAAGCGCACUUAUGCAGCCUACCUUGAUCAAACUACCACUCCCACUGGUCACCAUAACAUAGUCGCGGCAUCAUCCACACUAGCAGUUCCCCAGGGUCUUCGGACCGACAACAAAACCUAUCUCCCGUACCCUAAUGGGUUAGACCCCGAACAUGCUCGCAAGGCGCACGAGACGCCUGAGUUUCUCGCAAGGGCUUCUUACGCAUAUCGAUUCCUAGGAAGCAGGCUUUGUAACAAGAUUGCACAUCUUGACACUAUUCACCUCAACAAAGUGCGGAACAACAAACCGCUAUCUCAGAUACCUCGGCAGACACGGGCCAAAAGGUCGACGAAGGAUAAGGUGGCGGAAAUUGGCCAGCGUGUGGAGGCUUUUGUGCCCCUCUUUGAUCCUCGAAAGGUUGCACCCACUGUGACUUCAUGGUCCUCUACAUCUACUAUGGCAACCCCUCCCACGCCUUUUGAACCGGUCGAUCUAAUACCUCCCGUCACAACCUCUUCUACUCCUAUCGGUGCAGAUACGUCCACAAUUUCUGUCGCAAUCACCUCCGCAUCUCCCUCUACAUCUCCCUCCACAUCCCCUCACGCUACCUCUCAGAAUCCGACAACCCAGGCCAUCACUACAAUUUUCACUCCUGCGGCAGUUGAUAUUGAACAGGAGGUGCCGCUAACGACCACUGAUAUUACUGUCGAAGUGGACGAUGAGAGCAGUUCUGGAAGCAACGUUGACGAUGAUACCGCUGUCUCCUUUGUAGAAGAGCCAACUGCCCAAGACCCUGCCGAUAUCGUGAAAGAAGAUGGCAACAACUUCAAAGAUAGUGGAAUCUUUAUGGAAUUUCCUGAGUCUUUCGAGGUAGACGAUGUUGAGGCAGUUGCGCAACAGUUGUCUAACUCUGUUGAUGUGAGCGACGAUGAUUCGGUCACGCAACAGUCUCCAGCAUCAGAGUCGAAUGAACACAUUUCUUCAGCCAGCAAUGAAAAUGGCAAUGCUAUUCUCGACAGCGUCGUUAUGUUAGAUGCUGUUGCUACCGUUGUUGCCGUCGAACCAACUUCCGAUGAUAUCAUCGACAUACAAGAGGCCAGUCAGAGCAGCUUUGGCAGCAACAUUGAGGAUCUUUCAAGUACUCCGGAGUCUUUCGAAGCUCUCGAUAACUUCAUGAACCGUGUCGCACAACUCGAGUUUUAUGAGGGUUCAUUGGAUGAGAUACGGACUCGCCUUAUGAACAUCAUAAAGGAUCAUGAUGCCGAAGAACCUGAAGAUGACAAACGCCCCACGAGGCGUAUCUCCAAAUGGUUUAAGAAAUACAUGGGCAACAUCGCGGAAGUUUUUCUCCCCUUCGAAUAUAAUCUGGACGAAGCCAAUGGCUUCAAAUCAGAAUGGUUCAACCAGUCAUGCUGGUCAAAACCCAAAGAUUGCAGCAACUUGCUCCGCGCCCUUUUGUUGCUUGAAUCCAUGUUGGUCUGGUCAUUUGAGAAGAUCAUCCACAAAGAGGACAAGCAAAAGGUCACGCGAGCACUUGGUCGAAUUAGGAAAGGGUUCCCAGUGGAGGAUCUAUGCUUGGAAAUGAAUACUUCUUGCGAUAUCCGGAAAAUCAUCGACGAGAGGAAUGCCCAGAUCUGGAAGGCCGAGAAUUCGAAUGAGACUCGCAACAAUCUCUUGGCAGCGAGCAAGCUCAACCCAACCGAUAUCUCGAAGCUGCUCAUUCUUGCUGAACAUGCACCGGGUGGUGAUACUGAAGUCAUGGGCACUCUUCGCAUUAUUCUUCGGAGAAUCUGCGGUCUACUUCUCUACAACGGAUCAGAGAGCGAGAUUUGUCUUCCAGGAUGGCCCAAAGUAGCUCGAAAGCCACCCAAGGCCCUCCACACUACGUCCACGUAUGAGUUCCUGAAAGACUUGCAAGUCCAGAGUUUCGUCUCGGACUUUGAACACAAGUUCUCCGUCGUGGCCCAGCUGAAUGGGCAAGCACUGGCAGAUGUGAGGGUUGUACAUUGUCUACCUUUGGUUCGCAAGGUUCUGCAAAAUCUGACACUCUCCGAGGACGAAUGCCGCUCCAAACUCCACAAGUUUUUCGAUGUUGACUUCCCUAUGUUGGGUAGUUCCAAUAUCAAUGAUAUCUUGAAGGAGGGGCUGUACGACUAUGCAACAUUAGCACGACUUCUCGGUUACUUAACAUGGCUGGAUGCGCUGCUAGAUCCUUUCCGCAACAAUAUUUUGGCCGAGGACGUGAGUUACCUGAUACCUCAAAUGCAAACGAUCUGCAAUGAGCGAGACAGAGUCAUUACUCCCGAAUUAGAGUUACAGUAUCUGGAGAUCCGGAAAGCCAAUCCUGAGGCCAAGACAGCAGUGACUGAAACCGUUGAUGAGGCAUACAAAGUCUUCUACGAACAUGUGAACAAGAUUCGCAACUCCAACCGUUUGCGAUCCGCAUUGGCUAAAUCGAUCAAUUUCGGAACAAGUCACGAGAAGGGCCUCACGAGGCUUAUUUUGGCGAUCGGGAUGACUGCAGAUCCUUGCGAAAACAUUGAUCUUGUAAGAGAAGUUCACGACACUUUGCAACACAUCUGGAAGACUCUCAUCUUCGGCGAUUCUGGGUGCAUUUCUGGAAGUGGAGGCGCUAGUGGUCUACCGAAGCGGGCAGAUAUGUCAGAGUAUCUCGACGAGUUGUAUCGAAAGCCCGGUGUCGGUAGCUGGGGUAGCUUCCUCGCCCACCUAGAUGAUCCUGAUGUUGAUAUGAUCAACACGAUGCAGAGAGAUGAUUCCGUACAGCAGGAUGAUUCUGAGGUUAUGAUCCUCCAAAUCUUUGACGAGUCUUCCCUGACGAUCCCGGCUAAUCAAGAUGCUCAGGGAGUGCUUACACCCGAGAGCUACGAAAACGUCAACGUUGAUCCCAACAAGAGUGAAUUUGGCUUUUGGAGCUUUGAUGAAGACAAGUUUCUAAAGUGGUCUAACAUUCACAUGACCUACUUGGACAACAUCACUGCCUUGGUCACAGAGAUACCGGAAGGUGGUCAUAACGACAGAUCUUUGCUCAGGCAGGUUUAUUAUCGCAACCGGACGUUUGAGCACAUCGAAUUGACUAGAAAACGCAUUGCAUUGUACCUGAACAGCCAUCAACGUUCAGCUGCCAUAGAUGAAAUGCUUUCGAUACUUGAUCAUCGACAGAAGAUGAUGAACCAGAUUCAACCUCGCGUCCAGCAUCAGUCGGAUCUCUCUAAGAGGCCGUGCCCGAUGGUCAACACGCAGGAAGGCUGCAAAGACCGCGUAGCAGACGUAUGCCAGUACAACCACGAUAACGAAGGCAAACGUUGCAAGUCAGACCAGGAAGGCAAGGUUUGCAAGUUCAACGAAAAGAAUAAGUGUUGUUACGUGCAUCUCUCCCCCGAGGAGAAGUUGGCACAACAGGCGACUCAAGGUCCUUCCCAAGUCAUAUCUGGGAAUUUCAACCGACCAUGCCCGUACGUUAACAAGCCUGAUAGCUGCGCUGGAGAACUCAACGGCGUCUGCUUGUUCUCCCACAUGAACAAGGGUAAAGUGUGCAAGAACUUCGCCGAGGGCAGAAUUUGCAAAUUUGGCGAUACCUGUAGCUUCAUCCACCAGCAGGAUCAGGCUUCUGGAUAUUCUCAAGCAACUGGUUCGAUGUCCCCAGCUACAGACGGACCAAAGAGCGCAAAAUAUUUCAAUGCUUGUUCGUUCGUGAACCGCCCGUCGGGAUGUAACAAGGGAGAUUUGUGUGCUUACGAUCACUCGCUGCAGGGUGUCCUAUGUCCGGUUCAGAACUGCUCUGGAACAGGAUGUGUAUACCUGCAUAGCUCUAAGUCCCGUAAACACACCAAUCCAAGCAACACGGCUGGUGGGUAUGGGCAGAUUCAGUCACCAGUAGCAUCACAACAAGGCCAGCCGCUUCCCACACCGAGGACGCAGGGCUCGGGUCUCCAACAGCACAUCAACACUCCUGAGCGCAAAGCUACCAUGAAAGAACGCAUCAAAGCAGAGCAUACGAAAGUGCAAUCCCGGCGCCAAACACCAGCUCCGAAUGCACCUAAAGGCCCGCGAAGCAUGCAGCAACAGACCGGGUCACUGAACUGGCAGCCGCAAACCCCACUUCCUCAGCAAGAUGCCAUCUCAAGCGGUGCUGCAUCUCCAUUUGGCCAAUUCAACAGCUUUCAGGGAUUCCAGAACACCCAGCCAAGUGGUGGCUUUGGGUCCUCCCGCGGCCGGCAGAUUCAAACCCCUGCUGAAAGGUGGAUCGCGUUCCAGAAAGACUGCGAGAAGACCUUCAGAAGUUCGAAAGCACGAAGCUCUAAAGCCUAUGCAACUAGACGUGAGGGCCUCGCACCUCACAACAGCCGCGAUGGCAACCAGUCAUCUCAGCACAGCUAUGGCGGCAACCACUCAUCUACACUAGGAAAUGUCGCAUUCCAGCAGAGCAGCGGAAACAACCAAACUUUUGGACAUGGCUACAACCCAUUCCAACAGAGCCGCAACGGCAACCAAUUCUUUGGGCAAGGAAAUGCCGCAUCCCAGCAAAACCGCGGAAGCAACCAGCCAUUCGGUCAUCGAAACCACGCAACUCAGCAGAACCGCAAUGCUAACCAGUCCCAAGGCUUUAGCGCGAAACGCCCAUGCGACGACGAUGUAGAGAUGACAGAUGAUGACAUCCGCCCCAAGCGCUCUCGCGGCUGGCGCAAGCAUUGA